AGAAGAGACGUAUGUGACUGAUAUAAAGGCAGAAGAUAUAGAGGGAGAAGAAGAGACGUAUGUGACUGAUAUAAAGGCAGAAGAUAUAGAGGAAGAAGAAGAGACGUAUGUGACUGAUAUAAAGGCAGAAGAUAUAGAGGGAGAAGAAGAGAUGUAUAUGACUGAUAUAAAGGCAGAAAAUAUAGAGGAAGAAGAAGAGACGUAUGUGAGGGGUGAUCAGCAGUGUAAGGAGGAGGAGAUUCCUACAGAUAUCAGCACAGAUGGACACACAAGCAGGAAUAUCUCAGAAGGACAUCUAAUGUUAUCCCCGGAUUGUGACAUAAGAGAUAAUGACAGUAGACAGGAUUCUCCAGGAGAUAACCCCAUUACCCCAAUUAUAUAUCCAGCUCUAUCAGCUGAUCCCCCUGAUCCUGGGAAAUGUUCUCCUGAUCACUCUGAUAUUGGUGCAUCUGUUACAGCUCUGACAGUAGAUACAGUGUUUCCCUGUUCUAUAGAUGCCAAAUGUUUUACACAGAACACAAAGCUCAUUACCCAUCAGCCAGCUAAGGCAGGGGAGAGGCCAUUUCCAUGUUCUGAGUGUGGGAAAUGUUUUACAAAGAAAUCAGCUCUUGUUACACAUCACAGAAGUCACACAGGUGAGAAGCCGUUUUCCUGUUCUGAGUGUGGGAAAUGUUUUACACAGAAAUCAGCUCUUGUUACACAUCAGAGAAGUCACACAGGUGUGAAGCCGUUUUCCUGUUCUGAGUGUGGGAAAUGUUUUGCAUUGAAAUCAGUUCUUGUUAAACAUCAGAAUAGUCACUCAGGUGAGAAGCCGUUUUCCUGUUAUGAGUGUGGGAAAUGUUUUGCACGGAAAUCACAUCUUGUUAUACAUCAGAGAAGUCACACAGGUGAGAAGCCGUUUUCCUGUUCUGAGUGUGGGAAAUGUUUUGCACGCAACUCAAAUCUUGCUACACAUCAGAGAAGUCACACAGGUGAGAAGCCGUUUUCCUGUUCUGAGUGUGGGAAAUGUUUUGCACGCAACUCAAAUCUUGCUACACAUCAGAGAAAUCACACAGGUGAGAAGCCGUUUUCCUGUUCUGAGUGUGGGAAAUGUUUUGCAUGGAAAUCAGAUCUUGUUACACAUCAGAGAAGUCACACAGGUGAGAAGCCGUUUUCCUGUUCUGAGUGUGGGAAAUGUUUUACAAAGAAAUCAGCUCUUGUUACACAUCAGAGAAGUCACACAGGUGAGAAGCCGUUUUCCUGUUCUGAGUGUGGGAAAUGUUUUACAAAGAAAUCAGCUCUUGUUACACAUCAGAGAAGUCACACAGGUGAGAAGCCGUUUUCCUGUUCUGAGUGUGGGAAAUGUUUUACAAAGAAAUCAGCUCUUGUUACACAUCAGAGAAGUCACACAGGUGAGAAGCCGUUUUCCUGUUCUGAGUGUGGGAAAUGUUUUACAAAGAAAUCAGCUCUUGUUACACAUCAGAGAAGUCACACAGGUGUGAAGCCGUUUUCCUGUUCUGAGUGUGGGAAAUGUUUCGCAUUUAAAUCAGUUCUUGUUAAACAUCAGAGAAGUCACACAGGUGAGAAGCCGUUUUCCUGUUCUGAGUGUGGGAAAUGGUUUACACAGAAAUCAUCUCUUGUUACACAUCAGAGAAGUCACACAGGUGAGAAGCCGUUUUCCUGUUCUGAGUGUGGGAAAUGGUUUACACAGAAAUCAUCUCUUGUUACACAUCAGAGAAGUCACACAGGUGAGAAGCCGUUUUCAUGCUGUGAGAGAAAUAAAUCCGCUCUUGUUGAACACAUUAGACAUUACCCAAGUACGGAACCAUUUAAAUCUUCUGGAGUAUAAUCAUCACUGUCAUGCAAUGUUCCUCAAGGGUGAAUCCUAUCUCCUAUGCUUUAUAAAAUAUACAUGCUAGCACUGGGUGAUAUAAUCAGACGUCAUGGCCUGGUCUACCACUGCUAUGCAGAUGACCUGCUUUUUGCUCCAUGUACUGAGAACCUAAUACCAAUAAAUGGUUGUCUAGCUGAGCGCCAGGGGUGGAUGAUGCCAGUUGGCUGUGACUCAGUCUUUGUGAAACAUAAUAGAAGCUCCCCAAUAAAGGACAAGACUUUACCAACCAUCUGGAUUUAUGCUUUGGUGUUCAGAAUCGCAAAAUACUGAACGUGUGCUGAAUCUUUGUGUUGUCCUAGUAUGUGGCUGACACAGACAUCAGGUAUCUGCCACAUACAAAUCCUCAUUCUUCCAUCUGUGGACCAUAGCCAGAAUCAAACACUUGAUUCCCUCGGAAGUUCAUAGACUACUGCAAUGCCAUCUACCUGGGUCACCCAGCAAAAUAAUUACAGAGCUUGCAGAUAGUACAUAAUGCAGCAGCCAAGCUGUUACCUAACCAGCCCGUUCCUGCCACAUAACACCCAUUCUCUGCUCCCUUCACCGGCUGCCUGUAAGAUGACAAAUCUAUUUCAUAAUUGGCUAACUGACCUUCCCAGCCCAACAUUACAUGGUCCAAGGUGCUAGAAGCAGCUUCUGCCUCCUUACUGCCCUGCUUGCUUGCUUCUACAGAUGAAGGACUGUUACCAGCAGUACCAAGAAUCUCCUGUCAUUCAUUUAAGGGUCAAAUUUUUAACUUUGCAGCCCUUACCAUGGAACGUACUGCCUUGCACAGUCCAAGAGACCACCACUCUAGAGAACGUCACAAAUAGACUGAUGACUGCUACUCACGCUUUUCAUUAAUGUACCUCUAUUUACUUCCUAAAUAAUACAUCCUAAAUGCUUAGGUCUUUUUUCUGCUGUUUAUUUUGUGUCUUGUGCUUUGUGUAAAUGUGAAUGUCUAAUACCAGUUUGCACAAUCUGUAUUGCUACACGACAAUAUGGCGGCCAUUGGAACGUGUUUUCACUUCUAGUUUGCCUAACUUGUUGCAGACACUCAUCUUGAUCAGGAGUGCUGAGUGUUUUCUGAUACAAGAUCCUAUCCAUAUAUACCCUGUACAUUACCAUGUGCAUUAGAGUCACCCGGGUUCCAUCUGCGGUGGUUUGUUGUAUGUUACAUCUAUAUGGUGCGGAUACUCCUAUGUAUGAUUUCAUAAUAAAAGCUUUUGUUUGCAUCUAA